UUGUUUGUUUUUUUGGCUUAGGAUAAACAAAUAAAGGUUAGUAAAGUAAAACAAACGAUCAGAAGUAAAAACAAUUAAUAUAUAAAAAAAUACCAGAUUAUUCUUUUAGGUUAGAAAAUGAGAACAAUUCGAAUAUCCUGGCAAAAAAUUGUUAUUUUUGGAUCAUUGGCUAUCCUGUGUUUGUAUUUAAUUCUACCACAUGUUGGAUUUCGUAUUCAAUCGGUAAAAAAUGCCAGAACCGACGUGAUAAAGAGACCGAUUUUUCAUGAUGAUGGAUCGCUGGGUAACUAUGAAAUUCAUGAAAAAGAAAGGAUUGGUCCUGGUGAAAAAGGGAAAGCUCAUCGUUUAAAAGAAGAACAGCGUGAAGAGGAAGAAAGAUUGAAAAAUAUAUAUGGUUUCAAUCAGUUAGUAUCUGACGAGAUUUCAUUAGAUCGUACUGUUCCUGAUAUGAGAGAAACAGAAUGUAAACAUUGGGAUUAUCCUGAAAAUCUUCCAACAGCUUCUGUUGUUUUUAUAUUUCACAAUGAAGGAUGGAGUACAUUGUUUAGAUCUGUACACAGUGUCAUUAAUAGAUCUCCAUCGCAUUUGUUGCACGAAAUAGUUUUAGUUGACGAUAAAUCAGAACUGGAGCAUUUACACGAACGUUUAGAUGAAGAAAUAAAAAAACCAUAUUAUGAAGGGAAAGUGAAACUUGUCAGAAAUAAGGAAAGAGAAGGAUUGAUAAGAGCGAGAAAUAUCGGAGCCGUAGCAGCUACAGGUGACGUGGUUGUAUUUUUGGAUGCACAUUGUGAAGUCGGCCCAAACUGGUUGCCACCCUUGUUAGCACCCAUCCAUGAAGACCCAACCACACUAACUGUACCUGUUAUCGACGGAAUAAAUUGGGAUGACUUCGGAAUCAAUCCGGUUUACGCUAAAGGAACACACUCACGAGGUAUAUUUGAAUGGGGGAUGUUGUACAAAGAGACAGCAUUACCUGAGAAAGAAGCUUUAAAAAGAAAAUACCAUAGUGAACCGUACAAUGCACCCACACAUGCGGGUGGCUUAUUCGCCAUCAAGAGGAGUUGGUUUGAAAAACUUGGAUGGUAUGACCCAGGUUUACAGAUUUGGGGAGGCGAAAAUUAUGAAUUAUCGUUCAAGUUAUGGCAGUGUGGAGGCAGAUCUGUUUGGGUUCCAUGCUCGCGCAUAGGUCAUGUUUAUCGUGGUCACAGUUGUUCGUCUUGUCACUCUGGUGGAGUGGACAAGAAAUGGGGAGGAGUGCCUCUUGCAUUACGUAAUUACAAACGAUUAAUCGAGACAUGGUUUGAUGAUAAGUACAAAGAAUUUUUUUACACGAGAGAACCUCUUGCGAGAUUUAUCGAUAUGGGAGAUAUAUCUGAACAAGUGGCUUUGAAAAAACGAUUAAAUUGCAAAUCUUUUACUUGGUUUAUGGAAGAAAUAGCUUAUGAUGUGUUCGAUAAAUAUCCGGAGCCUCCGCCAAAUGCAUACUGGGGUGAAAUCCGAAACUUAGCCACAAAUUUGUGCAUUGAUACUAUGAGUAGAUCUCCUCCGAGACGAAUUGGUACAUCCGGUUGCCAUGGUUUCGGUGGGAAUCAGUUAUGGCGUUUGAAUAAGCAAGGUCAAUUAGCCUCUGGCGAGUGGUGUGUUGAAUACAAACCCGCGGAAAAUGAUCAAGACAACGAAUUGAUUAUGGAAUGGUGUAAAACAAAUUCAGUCUCAGGACCGUGGGAAUUUAAUGAAAAUUCUAAACUAUUUAAACAUAGAGAUUCUGGUAAAUGCAUGAUAAUACAUCCAAGGAGUCUAAAAAUAGUUUUAACAGAGUGUAAAGAAGACAGUAAGCAUCAUCAGUGGGGAUUCAAUAAAAUUACUCCUCAUUGGGCGCGCCAUUAAUUUAUUUCAUGUGUUUUGUAUUCACCUAGUAUAUUUAUUGACGUUUUUUAUGAAUUGACUCGCGUAGUUUUUUGAAUAUACAUUCCAUAAAAAACUGCUCGACUUCAGCUAUAGUGUCGUCAGUGUGUUGAAAAGCAUUUCGCAGAUUGUAGCACUUUUUCUUUUCGCCUGAAGCUGUACUAACACGCCAGCUAUCUCAAUUGUUUUGAGGACUCAAUUUCUUCAUAUUGCAACAAAAACACUCGUGCCAUAAUAAGCAUAAGAAAACAUAUUUUUUAUUUAUUUAUUCUUAAAGAUCGCAAGCUUUAAUUUUCGUAAAUUUUUUUUCGCACACAUAAUGUUCGCAAAGUAAACUCGUAUAAAAUUUGCGAAAAUUUAAUGCUCGCGAAAAAUUUAAUACUCGUGAAAAUGUAAUACUCCUAAGUAUCGGUGUUGGAUAGAAUCCCCGCAGAUGAAAAAGAACAACACCUUUUUUUUACAAGCAUCCAUUUUAUAAGCAACCGUACUAAGAAUCCAAGCGACUUCAUUAUAAACAAUAUGGAUACAUACAACCAAAUUAUUUCUUAAAUAAAGUUUUAAAAUUUUCGUAUUGUUUCAGUCCAUCUGGUGUUCACCGUUUAAACUAAGCUUUGAUAAGCUUGGAUUUUUUUUUACUUGCUGCUAAAUAAGCUUUCGACAAUUUUUUUUAUUAAGACAUUUUGUUUAACAACUUGAGCACCAGGUCGAAAUGUUGCUUAUAAAACUACCUGUUGCGACUAACAAAUUAAUACGUUUUAGUGGUAUUUUCGUCGCAUGCAAAGUUGAUUGAUUUUAGUAUGUGUUUAGUUUUUGUAGAAUACGAAAAUGUAUUUUUAUUGGAUUUUACGAUUACAAAAAGUUCAUUCAUGAUGUAAUUUUCGCUGACA